CUAACCGCGCAGGCUCCUGGGAAAGCGCGAUGUUCAAAUUUGUUUCCGGUUUUCUUCGGUAAGCCAGACAUGGAGCGACAGCAUAAUAGUGUGGUGAGGACUCCCCUCAACAGUGUUGUAGUUCAGAGGAGGAGCAAAAGCAAGAGCUACCGGCAGUCAUACCGCAGCUGCCUAGGUGCUGCUUCACGGCUUGGCUUAACUCCGGCGUUGACAGCACGGAGGCUCAACACCAGCAGAAGAGCCCCAAAGUCACACAACAUAACUGACAAGGUAGAUCCAGAGCAGCUGACCUUACUGCUGAAAACAGAGUGGAAGCUGUCGUACGUUACUCCUCUGUAUCAGUUCAGGCACACCCAGCUGAAGAGCUAUUCCAGGCAGCUUUCAGCAUUUAUCGCUGCAGAGAAGCAGCAGGGUUUGGCGGUGGAUGCGGAGGGAUCACAGAGCAGCUUCAGAGUGUCCUUCUCUGUGGUGCAGGGAAUGACAGAGACGGCUGAUGACGCUGAGACUGUCCUAAUACAGAUCCAUUCAAAGCCUAUGUUUGCCAAGCAGGACGAUCCCCAGAAGUUGGUAUGGAGUGGCUGGCUGGCCUGUAUCAACGGCAAUCCCGAUUACUUGAGCUCUCUUUCAAAAGACUUCAUCUGUCUGCCGCUUUUUGGCAGCAGUGGGCCCGAGGUUCUCACCACUUUGGUCAAAUCCUGGUUCCAGCAGAUGUUCGACUGCUGCUUCGGACCCCUGGAAAUCAGCCACACCAGCCUUCAAUGGCUGGUGGCAUUAUGGACUAACUGCCACACCGAAUCCAACAUCCAGCACCUCAGAAUGAUCUGGACUCUUCCAGUCACACCACCGCUGCAGAUCACCUACACCGUCGAUGCCCAAGACGCCUGGGAGCUGUGGAGCAGCGUGAGAAAGGAUCCAGAGGAGGAGAGCGAGGGAGGGGAGGAGGUGGAGGAGGGAGGCAGUAUCGAUUUAAAGGAGGUGAUGAGGUUCAUGCAGGGGCUGAAGAACCACUUCUACAGACACUUCAGGCUGGAUCUGUCAGCUGGAAGUCUACAACAGGUCUCCACGGCACUGGGUUCAGCCAAGUACAGCGGCAGAAUCAAGAUCUCCAACAGCAGAUACAUGAUCACCACCCUGACACUACUGACAGAGUGUGCCCUCCUCAAAAUGCCCAUCUGAAGAAUAAAGACUUUAAACAAACAGGAAAUACAGUAUUGCAAUAGCAGCGUUCAUUUGAACAACAGUUGCUGCCUGGAAAGACUGGACGUGUAGCUUCAUUUUCCUAUAUAGUUGAUGCAUAGUUCUUUUUGUAAAACUAUGCUAAACCUUUCUUCUUUUUAAAUAUAUCUUUUUUUUCACAACAUGAAAUUUAACAUUUUUCACAAUAUUAUCUCCAAUGAAAGCAACACAGAUCCAUAUUCUGGUUAUAUGUUCCUUUCAUUUACCAGCACAUAAACAGCAAUUAAGUACAGGUAAUUAUUAUUAUGUAUUUAGGAAAAGUCCUUGUGUUCCAAGUUUACCUUUUGGUUUUUCUCUUGGUGAACAAGCUAUGGUUCCACUCCAUUUUGUAAAUAGUGUACUAUAUAUAUUCAUGUCUAGUUGUUUAUAUCUUUUGUCAUUUAUAGUUGUAAAUAAAAGAAAAAAAGGACACAGUGUGGUGUUUAACAGUCUGACUGUACAGUAUGGGUUCAAGAAUGGUUUUUCCUGUGUAAUCUUAUAACAGCAGUCAUUAAGAGCUCUCUUAAACGCACACAGUCGUCCUGUGCAAAGAUGGAUUCCUAAAUCUAUCAGAAGUUAAUCCAACAAUCUAAAGUACAUAUUUUACAAAGUUAUGGCCUCUAUUCCUCCAGUGUAGCAAUAAGGACGCAGGAGUUUAUAGAAACACAAGGAGGGAAUUUGGCUAAAUUUGGAAGAUCUCAACUCAGGUUGUUUAAAGGAUGAUUACAGUAAAGACAACCUGUUUUAAUGUCCAUGUGGGCACCAGACAAGUAUUUUAAGAGAAGCGUGAAAAAUUGUGAACUAACCCCGAGCAGCUGCAGGUGAUGUUUGUUGUAUCUGUGUUCAUUUUGUUUUAUGUCAUGAUUAAUGAUAUAUAUUCAAGCGGAUAAGUGGACAGACAGAACAUUAAGAUUUGCGGCAUCUUUAUCACCUGAAUCCAUCACAAUUCCAGGAUGCCAUCUCCAAAAUGCCUGUCAUCAGCAACACUUAUCAGUUAUCUAUUUCUGGCAGCUUCAUUUGUUCCAGCUUUAUAUUAAUUUUCCCCCUUUUACAGCUUGUUAACAACUUCAGUUGUAGCUGAAUUGGCUCCAACUCCAAAUGUAUAAUAUAUAAAUACAUAGUUUGACAAAAGGACAUUGAUCAACUUAAAGCAAUAAAUGAUUUCCCACCCUUUCA